CGAGAGCGCGCGCUCGGAUGUGCGUAGAGCAAACACGUUGUAUCUGAAUGUAGAGUCAACAGAAACGCGACAAAACUUUACCGCCAAUACUCAGCCGGCGAGCGGCAACCGCGCUGGGGGUCUCAUCGCUUUGCGUUUCAUUAUUUUAUACUUUACGAAAAUCGCGAUGUACAAAACUAUAACUUGUAGACAGUGAUUUUGUUUAAACACGCGAUUUAUAAUACGAUAACUACGAACAUUACGAUGGCUUCGAAGGAGUGUUGGUGUGUUUUAUAUUUGUGUAUUUUACAUAGUGCCUUCAGUUUCAACCUGGAGCCGAGGAUUCCAGUGAUAAAGUACGGCGAGAAAGGUUCUUAUUUUGGAUUUUCCGUCGCCGAACAUCUCACAAUAAACAGCACUAGCGGAGAUAAAACAAGCUGGUUACUAGUCGGAGCUCCUCUGGGUCAAAACCUUCAGCCGAACACAACAAGGUCAGGGGCACUAUGGAGGUGUCGCCUAACUCCUGCUUUAGGGGACUGCGAGCAAAUCAUAACGGACGGAAAGACGAAGUACGGCAAGAUAGACAAGACUCUGGACUCAUUUACACUAACUGCGCCGUAUGAAGAUGAGAUCAAGGACGGACAGUGGCUGGGAGUUUCCGUACGGAGCCAGGGUCCUGGGAAGAAGGCAGUUGUAUGCGCACACAGAUACAUCCGCAAAUCCGGCGAGUCGCAGUUUGGACAAGGCCUCUGCUACACUCUAAGCAACGAUCUCCAACUCUUAGAUUCAUGGGAGCCGUGCCGAGGACGAUCAGUGAUUAAAGAACACGAGGAAUUCGGAUUCUGCCAAGUGGGGACAAGCAGUUCUCUAUUAGAAGAUGACACCCUACUGAUUGGCAGUCCUGGGCCUUACACGUGGAGAGGGACAAUCUUCACACAUGACACUAACGAUGACCUACUGGAAAGAGACAUGUCUUUCUACAUGGCGCCAGUUGAAGAUGGCUUGAGUCCUGUGGAAAAAUAUAGUUACCUUGGUAUGUCAGUGACAGGCGCAGGUUUCUUCAACUCGGUGCCAUCAUACGCGGCGGGGGCACCUCGGGCCCGCGGCACCGGUCAGGUAGUCAUCUUCAGCAAACGCGUCAUCAAAGACUGGGGCCGCACAGAUAUUGAUAUACUGGAGUAUAACCUGACACUGAACGGAGAGCAGUUCGGUUCCAGUUUCGGUUAUGAGGUUGCUUCUGCUGAUGUUAAUGGAGACGGGUUACCAGAUCUUUUGGUCGGUGCACCAUUUUAUUUUUCAAGAGACUCCGGUGGUGCGGUUUAUUUGUAUCUGAACAACAAGUAUAGUCUUCGACAAGAGUACGACGUUAAGAUAACUGGCAAACCAGAAUCACAAUUCGGUAUAGCUAUUGCUAAUGCUGGAGAUCUAAACAAAGAUGGCUGCGAGGACAUAGCUGUCGGUAGUCCGUAUGAAGGGAAUGGAGUUGUGUACAUACACUUAGGUGAUAGAAAGAAAGGUUUACAUACGAAACCUGACCAAGUUAUAGAAGCAGAAUCACUUCCAAGGGUUAUGAAGACAUUUGGUUAUUCACUAUCUGGUGGCGUCGAUUUAGAUGCAAACGGUUACCCCGAUCUGUUAGUCGGCGCUUACGAAAAUAGCAGCGUCGCAUUACUUCGAAGUAGACCAAUUAUCGAUAUUAAAACAUCGAUAAAACCAUCGAAUACGAUUAUAAAUGUCGAUCCUUCGAGACAAGGAUGCACUAAGGAUCCUAGCUCCAACUACACCUGCUUUCAUUUCGAAGCGUGUUGUAUUAUUAAAUCGCUUGUGAAAUCCACGCAAGCGAUUACGCAUGAGCUUAGUUACGUCAUCGAAGCGGAAACCUUCCCCGGCGGGAGGAAAUAUUCCAGAGUAUUAUUGGAUUCGGAGAAAACUAACAUUGUAAAUAUGACACUACGAUUGGGUAAAGACGUCGAAGUUUGUAGACAACAUAUUGCGUACUUGAAGAAUAACACAAGAGACAUCCAGACGCCUAUUAAGUUCCUUGUGACGUACAAGCUGGUGAACGUAGAACCGGUGUUCUCCACGGUGAAGGCGCUGCCCAACAUCGACGACUUCCCUGUGCUGAACGCGACCGCGGUCACCGCCUUCAGUGCCAACUUCCUCAAUGACUGCGGCACUGAUGGUAUUUGUGUUAGUGAGCUUCGCGUUGAUCCUGUACUGCUGCUGCCUAAAUCUGAAGAUGGAAAGUCUUACGCUCUCACUUUGGGUCAAGAGGAAGAAAUUAAAUUGUCAAUAUCUAUUGACAAUUUGGGAGAGUCGGCAUACGAGGGGCAGCUGUUUGUGCAGCACCAUCCAAGUUUGCAUUAUAUCGCUGCUAAUAUAUCUGACAAGCAUAUGAUAUCAAGGGCCUUAGAAGACAACGAGGCGACCAUCUCAUUCACUGUUUGGGCUAACUCAACCUCCAAGGAGCGAUACCCGGGGAAGAAACCCGCUAAAGUUGAAGCUCUAAUUAUUAAGAACGCUGAACUUUUGAUCAAGGGGCACCAGGUGGCCGCGGAGGGGCCGCAGGGCAAAUGGCUGCUCUAUCCCGAGGACUUGCCUACUGUCGAUGGCGACGCUGACCAAAACAACGGUGAAUGUUUCCUUUCCGACGGUGAAAUAAAUCCAUUGAAACUUACAAUGCGACCCGGCACCACGGAGCCACUGCUAGAGAAUCUGGAAAUGGACCCGUUCUUCACCACGGGAAAACUUAGUGUCAGUUCCAGUGAAAAGUUUAACAAAGAGUACAACAGAACUCGGAAAGUAACCGAAUACUCGGCAGCGUCAGAAAACAAAGUGAGAAGAAAACGAGAGAACGAUGUAGUUAAAGCAGAAGCUUACACGGAUAAAGAUGGACAUAGAAAACAUGUUGUCAAUAUGAACUGCCAAAAGAAGACAGCGAAAUGCAUUCAGUUCCAUUGCAUAAUCUACGGGCUACGUCGCAUGCAAGCAAGCACGAUUACUGUACGAGCUCGGUUGUGGAACGCUACGUUAGUGGAGGACUACCCUCGCGUUAGCCACGUCAACAUCGCCUCCAGCGCCGCGCUGCGCAUACCUGAGCACUACAAUAUACAUCAGAGCAAGCACCACGAUGAUGUUGCCACGGUUGAAACGGUUGCAUAUCCGGAUUUGAAGAUAAGCGAGCCUUCAGAAGUGCCUUUAUGGGUGAUCAUAGUGUCAGUGAUAGUUGGCUUAAUUGUUUUAAUCUUGUUGAUUAUCGCCUUAUGGAAGUUGGGCUUCUUUAAGAGGAGUCGACCGGACCCGACUUUGUCCGGGAAUUUGGAGAAGAACAACCACGAGUCCAGUCCAUUCAUUGGCCGAGACAGAAACAGUGUUCGAUAGCUGUG